AUGGAGAAGAGGGCGGCACAGUUUGGCGAGGACGGCAACGGCGGCAGCACCGCUCCGGCAGCACACUUCUGGGGAGAAUCCCCCGAUGAGGAGGGCUUUUACGCGUCCCAUGGUGUCCGGGGCAGCAAGUCCUUCUACACGUCCCCCCGGGGGAUCGCCCUCUUCACCCGCUCCUGGCUGCCCACCGCCUCGCCGCCCCGCGCCGUCGUCUGCCUUGUCCACGGGUACGGCAACGACAUCAGCUGGACCUUCCAAUCCACUGCCAUCUUCCUCGCCCGCUCCGGCUUCGCGUGCUUCGCCCUCGAUCUCCCCGGCCACGGCCUCUCCGACGGCCUCCGCGGCUUCGUUCCCGACGUCAACGUGGUCGCGGAGGACUGCCUCGCCUUCUUCGACUCCGUGCGCGAUGCCCAGCCCCCGUCCCUCCCCUGCUUCCUCUACGGCGAGUCGAUGGGCGGCGCCCUUUGUCUGCUCCUCCACCUCCGCGACCACCAGCGCCACCGCCGCUCCCCGGGAGGAGGCGCGUGGGCCGGAGCCGUCCUGGUGGCGCCAAUGUGCAGGAUUUCCGAGAGCAUCCGCCCGCGGUGGCCGGUGCCCCAGAUCCUGACCUUCGUCGCCAGAUUCGCCCCUAAAUUGCCGAUCGUUCCCACCGUCGACCUCAUCAGCGUUUCCGUCAAGGUACCGGAGAAGCGCGCCGUCGCCGGACGCAACCCGCUGAGGUACCGGGGAAGGCCGAGGCUAGGCACGGUUGUGGAGUUGCUGCGGGUGACAGACUACAUCUACUCGAGGCUCCCCGAGGUGACGCUGCCGUUCAUCGUCCUCCACGGCAGCGCCGACGUCGUCACCGACCUUAGCGUGAGCCAGGCGCUCUACGAGCUGGCCGCCAGCGAGGACAAGACCAUCAGGAUCUACGACGGGAUGCUGCACUCGCUGCUGUUCGGGGAGCCCGAAGAGAACAUCACCGUCGUCCGGGGCCACAUCCUCUCCUGGCUGAAUGAUCGGUGCGUCGGCGGCGGCGCCUCUUCCUCAGCGCCGCUGCCGCAGCCCGAGCUCGGUGAUGCUUCCGCCAUCCCCUCCGCUUCCGUUGAUUGA